ACACACGAAUAUUUGAAAAUUUGAAAGCUAGAAUUCUCAAGAGUAUGAUCACAUAGUCUGAAAUGGGGCAACAAACUGCCCCAGGUAAAAUGACCCAUUCAGUCGUGUACACCCCGCUUAUUGUUUAGACUAACCACAGUCGAUUGUGAGUAUUGCGUGAUAGUGAUUUCGUUGAAAAAUAGGAUUUUGUAUGGAAUAUUUACUAGAUGGACAUGCUUUAGGAAACAGUAAUACUCUCUCUGUUCAGGAGCCCUGUCUAUUCCCUCCACCUUAAAUUCCCAGUGGACUGACACAUUUCGCCGUGACCGCUGUUUCGUAAUAUUUUAGCUGACUCAAAGCGUAAGGUAACCUGAGAGGAUGGGAUUGAACCUUUUUAAUAGGAAAUUCCAACUUCAUGCCAGUAUGUAAUACAGUAAAUUUCUAAUUGCUCUUCGCUUGUUCAUUAAUGUUCGAAAAAUAAGGCCCUUCACGUCACGGCGUCACGCAACGCUUCUCGUCACACGCAGGAGCCAUGACUAUGCUAUGGCUCAUGGGCUCCUGCACAGUCAUGGGCUCCUGUUAUUGUACGACUGAGUUCGGAUACCCCGUGGGUUAAGACUCGUGGUCAUCGAAAAUUGAGGGGACCCCCAGAAAGUUUUUCGCCUUGUAAAUCUAUUCAAAGUAUACAUGUAAAUUUAAAGAGAAUGUCACAUGUUGUCAUGCUUGAGAGAAUGGUUAUGCAAUUCUGGAUCCAGACGCAGAGUAAAUCACAUUAGUGUGAAUAAUUUCAAGAGCGAUGUCAUUUUUGAGCGAAAACAAGUUAUUGAUCGGAGGGAUUGCACUAUCAUCAGCAGCAGUAGGAUUUGUUACUGCUUGGGUUUUGGGACGUAGGGGCAAUUCACUCUUUAAACUCGGCAAGACCCACACUGAACUCAGCCCAGUCAAUAGAUAUGUUAUGGAAUAUGGAAUCCGAGAGCCCUCGCCACUUAGAAAACUUCGACAGGCAACUCUGGACCGUGCAGACAACGCACUGCUUUGUAGUGCUGAUGAAGCUCAACUUAUGAGACUGUUGAUGCAGCUGAUCAAAGCCAGAAAAGUUAUAGAAAUAGGUGUUUAUACCGGAUACAAUACUCUGAGUAUGGCCAUGAUGCUGCCUCCUGAUGGCAAAGUUGUGGCAUGUGACAUAACAGACAAGUUUGUGAAAGAAAUAGAGGGCGAGCGCUACUUUAAAGAGGCAGGUGUUGAAUCAAAGAUAGAUUUAAAACUACAAUCGGCCAUCACCACUUUAGAUGAACUGUCGGCUGCAGGAGAAGCUGGGAGCUUUGACCUUGUCUUUAUUGAUGCUGAUAAGCUUUUCUAUGACCAGUUCUAUGAGAAAUCGUUACAGCUUAUUCGCAAAGGUGGACUUAUAGUAAUUGACAAUGUUUUGUUGGGUCGCACAGUUUGCGACCCUGAAAAAAGAGCUUCAGAUAAACACACAAAAGCAAUUCACGAGUUGAACGAGAAACUUCAUGGAGACAGUCGUGUUGCGAUAAGUUUUCUUCCAUUCUCAGAUGGUGUUACUCUAGCGAUGAAGCUCUGAAUUAUCAAAAAAAUUGUGCAAUAACUUAGGUGAGCUCACUGUUGACAAUAAAUUUGUAUCUUUGUUUC